UGAGAGUUGACUGCAUAACACUUGAUGGAAGCUGUAAGCACUUUGAGAAAAGUGGAAAUCUAACUUAUUGCAGUGUCAGUGCUUCAUCUAGUCUUUAUAUGCAAACACUGACCUCCUGAAUACAAGAGGUAAUAUUUCCUGUCAUGCCUUAAUAGUAUUAUAGUGACCACAAAAUGCAUUAUUUUGAAUGUUUAAUGACUAAUUUUACACUUAUGACAGUUAUGAAUGUUAAUUUUCUUUUUAAAACAUUGUCUCGACAAUUAAUACAUUUUUGAAUUUUAAGCCUAGUAUGGACUGCUUCCUUCCUAAUUUGCCCAAUUGUCAUUUAGUUUGCUUGUGCUCAGUACAUACAUUUUGCACACUCAAUCUGACUCUACUUUCUAUUAAAUACCCCAAAUGCAGUUACAAUUUGAGCCUUUUUUAGUCGUAAUCAUUCAUCUAUUCUGUACUUGAUGUAACUUUGCCAGGAAAAGUUCGCGUGCGCACAUUUAAGCAUCAGCUGACUAAAUGAUUCAAAGAUGUGCUAUCACUGCUCUGCUCGUUGAUUUGUACGUACUAACUUUAAAAGUGACAACUUUGUUUUCAUAUUUAACGUGACUGAUGACCUGAAUAAUAAUGAUUUCUACAUUCUUUCCAAAUGCUGCUCUGUUGUUUUGGGUUCUGCUUAUUGCUUCACUUGCAUUCUCCUCUGGUUGGUGUUGAAUUUAACAAGCUUCUCUUGCGUGACCUUCGGGUCCAUGACUCUCAAGGGGGUGCUUCCUUCCUGGGACUGAGUUCCUUCAAGCCAAUCUUUUAGUUGCUUGUUGUGUCUUCCCAAUCACACACACACAGUUGACAGUUCACUCAGAAGUCGGUGAGUUCUGCUGUUCCCGCUGCAGACAGAAAAACAUUCCGUGCAAGUCCUCCCUUCUAACACACAGCACCAGCAGCAAGCAGCACAUGGACAAGCUCCCUCUUUCUGUCAUGACCCUGCGGUUUAUUUUCAGAACGUGUCAAGUCACAUUUUUUCCUCUCUGAGUUCACAUGCGUAUCCACAUGCGGAUAUGUAUGGCAUUCACAUUUGGAUGCAGAGCUCACAUGGACCGUCCAUAUGCGGACCUCAGGAGGGAGUAGAUGUGGAAUUGCAGCAAUGCUAAAACAACUGAUAUGACCCAGAGCUCGUACCCAGUGUGGGAAGACUUUAGUGCCAAGGCUACAAAACUGCAUUCUCAACUCAGGACAACAAUUCUGGCAGCUGUGGCCUUUUUAGAUGCUUUUCAGAAAGUGGCGGACAUGGCUACCAACUCAAGAGGUGCCACCAGGGAUAUUGGCUCUGCUUUGACCAGGAUGUGCAUGCGACACCGCAGCAUCGAGGCCAAAUUACGCCACUUUACAAAUUCUCUAAUGGAAGGCCUGGUCACGCCACUUCAGGACAGAAUAGAAGAAUGGAAGAAGACUGCCAAUCAGCUGGACAAGGACCAUGCCAAAGAAUACAAGCGGUCUCGCCAAGAAAUCAAACGAAAGUCAUUAGAUACCAUCAAACUUCAGAAAAAGGCAAGAAAAGAACUUCUCGGGCGAGGAAACCUGCGCCCACAGCUCGACAGCGCCAUGCAGGAUGUCAGCGACCUCUACUUGCUGAUGGAAGAGACGGAGAAGCAGGCUGUGCGCAGAGCACUUUUGGAAGAGAGAGGGCGCUAUUGUGCCUUCAUUAACUUGCUGCAGCCUGUCGUGAAUGUUGAGAUUGCCAUGUUGGGUGAGACAACACACUUACAAGCCAUCGUUGAUGACCUUACACUGCUAACUGAAGACCCACACAAACUUCCUGCAGCCAGUGAGCAGGUGAUCCGGGACCUCAAAGGUUCUGACUUUACCUGGUCCUAUCAAACACCUCCCUCCUCCCCCAGCAGUGUCAGCUCCAGAAAGAGCAGCAUGUGCAGUCUCCUCCAGAUGCCCUCAGCAGGGGCCCAUCGACUCAGCAGCGUCUCCUCUCAUGACUCAGGAUUUGUCUCCCAGGAUGCCAACACCCACUCUAAGCCUCCUUCUCCCAUGCCCUCUGACAUCACCAGCCAGAAAUCAACCAGCUCAGCCUCCUCUGAGGCUUCAGAAACCUGCCAGUCUGUCAGCGAGUGCAACUCCCCCACUGCGUUUGGCUCAUGCUCAUCCUUCGGCACCUUCCGCCCUGCUUUCUCUCACACUGGCACCAUCAGGCCUCUGUCUGUCAUACUUCCUGCGUCCCCCACAUCUAACCACUCCCCCGGAUCCAACACCCAUUCACCCACAUCAAAGAUUCCUAGCUGGAAGGAAUGGGCCAAAUCAAACCAGUGUGAGCCAUCAUUGGUCAGCACUUUGCAGCGAAGGAGAGAGUCUCUUGAUAAAAUAAGAGACAGGGAAGCUCCGCCCAGUCCAAAGGGGUAUUCUGGGAUCCAAGGAGAGGAUGCACACCGAGCAAGAAUUGGCCCAGGAAUGAUAACAGCUAAGCAUGGGGAGCCUUUGUCACCAGCAGCUACUACUCUGGCAAUGGUACUGACCAGAGGCCUAAGCAUGGAACAGCAGAAAAGCAGCAGAGACUCACUGCAAUAUUCCAGUGGCUACAGCACACAGACCAACACCCCCUCGUGCUCUGAGGACACAAUCCCCUCACAAGGUUCCGAUUAUGAGUGCUACUCUCUUAAUGGGGAUGCUGACACUGAGGCACAAACAGAGUUUGACAAGUCUUCCACCAUCCCGCGCCACAGUAAUAUCGCCCAAAGCUACCGCCGCAUGAUUCAAACCAAAAGGCCCGCCAGCACAGCAGGCCUUCCCGCAGGAAAGAGCCUGCAGGGUGCUUCCAACGGUGCCGGGGUUGGCUCUGGAACAGCGACUAUUCGGCGGACACCAUCCUCCAAGACUGGGGUGAGACGCACACCUUCCACAUCUGGCCCCAUUCCAAUACGACCUCCCAUUGUGCCAGUGAAAACCCCCACUGUGCCUGACUCGACGGGGUACGCCAUCCCAUCGCAGCAUGGCGCAAGUAGUGAGGAGAUACUCUACGCAGAUGAUCCAUAUGCUAGUGAAUACAUGAGGUUUUCUCCUCAGCAAAGGAGCCUCUCUGAUAAAGUGUGGGCUUGUGAAAGUGCAGACAGGACUUCUUACACCCAACAGGCCCAAGGCAUGGCCGCCCAUAAUGCUGAGGAGGACUCAAUGCUGGCCGCCAAUCGCCAUAGUCUGGUGGAGAAGAUAGGAGAGCUGGCGGCCAGCGCCCAUGCUCUCGGCGAGGGUCAGUUCCCCUUUCCCAGCUCGUCAUUAGCGGAUUCAAAUCAGUGUGAACUCCAGGAACCAUCCUCUGAGGCCCAAGGAGGUGUGGACAUGUUGGUUACUAUACGUCGGGGUGUUAAGCUGCGCAAGACAGUCACUGAUGAUAGGUCAGCCCCAAGGAUCCUGCGGUAG